GAUAGAGAAAAAAAUUUUUUUAUUGAGGUAUAGGGGACUUUGACUAUAUGGUAAUACAAACUAGUAGAUAAAACUUAAGGAUCGAUUUACCUUUGAUUCAGGAGGUGAUCUAUUCCACUAGUGUAAAAAUCCGGGAUAGCCAAGAUAAGGUUCAUUUACCGAGUAGUUUUAUUAUUGCUUUUAUCGUUUUACCUUGGCUAUAGAUCUAUUAACAAUACGAAGACUAGUAGUAGUAAUAAUAUUAAUAAUAAUAAUAAUAAUAAGAAAAUGUCGGUAAGUAAUAAUAAUAAUAAUAUUAAUACUUCAAUAGCCAGGGUGUAUGCGGAUGUAUUGGCAAGUAAACCACAAUCAUUCUGGGAUUAUGAUGAUUUAAAUAUUAAAUGGAAUUCACAAGAUAAUUAUGAAAUAAUUAAGAAAUUAGGUAGAGGUAAAUAUUCAGAAGUUUUCUUAGGGAUUGAUUUAAUAAAAGGUGAUAAAGUUGUUAUUAAAGUAUUAAAACCAGUUAAAAGGAAAAAGAUUAAAAGAGAAAUAUCUAUAUUAAAGAAUUUAGUCGAUGGACCAAAUAUCGUUAAAUUAUUUGAUGUAGUUAGAGAACCACAACUGAAAACUCCAGGAUUAAUUUUUGAACAUGUUAAUAAUGUUGAUUUUAGAACAUUAUAUCCAACAUUUUCUGAUUAUGAUAUUAGAUUUUAUAUGUAUGAAUUAUUAAAAGCUCUUGAUUAUUCACAUUCAAUGGGAAUUAUGCAUCGAGAUGUUAAACCUCAUAAUGUUAUGAUAGAUCAUGAAAAGAAGAUAUUAAGAUUAAUAGAUUGGGGAUUAGCAGAAUAUUAUCAUCCAGGUACUGAAUAUAAUGUAAGAGUUGCAUCACGUUAUUUUAAAGGUCCUGAAUUAUUAGUAGAUUUUAGAUUAUAUGAUUAUUCAUUAGAUUUAUGGUCUUAUGGUUGUAUGUUAGCAUCUAUGGUAUUUAUAAAGGAACCAUUUUUUCAUGGGAAAUCUAAUACUGAUCAAUUAGUUCAAAUAGUAAGAGUAUUAGGUUCAAGCAAUUUAAACAAAUAUCUUGAAAAAUAUAAUUUAACUCUUAGUGAAGAAUAUGAAGAUAUUGGUUAUUAUAAUAGAAGACCAUGGGAAAGAUUUAUUAAUGAUAAUAAUCAACAUCUUGUAUCAAAUGAAUUUAUUGAUUUUAUUGAUAAUUUAUUAAGAUAUGAUCAUCAAGAGAGAUUAACUGCUAAAGAAGCUAUGGCUCAUCCAUAUUUUGAUCCAGUUAGACCAACUUAAAUUAAUUUAAAUUAAUUUGAUUUAAUUCAAUUUAUCUAACUGAACCAUCCGUUUAAUAAUGCAUAUAGUUAUCUAAUUCUUCAUAACUUCUUCAUAACUUCUUCUACCCUGUACUUAUACUUAUGCCUUAUAAUAUAAAGC